AUGAUUUGUCUAAGUGUGAAUGUAAACAAAAUCGCAACAUUGCGGAACUCACGAGGUGGUGAUAUUCCAGAUGUACUCACCGCUGUCGAUACCUGCAUUGCUGCAGGGGCACAAGGUAUUACUGUGCAUCCGCGCGAAGAUGAACGCCAUAUCACAUCCGCAGAUGUGCAGGACAUCGCUGAACGAUUAAUAGAAAUCAAUACCCAAAAAAGAUCCGACAUUGAAUAUAACAUUGAAGGCGAUCCGAGACCCGAUCUCAUUGAUAUGGUGCUACGCACAAAACCGACGCAAUGCACGCUCGUCCCCGUUGUCGUAGGUGAAAUAACAAGCCACACUGUCUGGGACAUCCGCAAGGAUGGCGAUACGUUGAAACCGAUCAUCGAAGCGUUGAAAAAUGCGGGUAUCCGUGUGAGUCUAUUUAGUGGAAUUGAUGUGGAACAGAUAGCAAGAACGCGAGACAUCGGUGCAGAUAGAAUUGAACUUUAUACUGCCUCUUAUGCGAUGGCAGGGACAAAGACGGAGAUCGAACGCGAGUUCGCGUUGCUGGAAAAUGCGGCGGCAAAAGCAGUGGAUUUAGGGCUUGGUGUCAACGCCGGGCACGAUCUCAAUCUUGAAAACCUACCAUUGAUGCAGAAAUUACCGGGACUCCUUGAAGUUUCUAUUGGGCAUCAUCUGAUGGCAGACGCGCUCUAUAUCGGAUUGGAAGCCGCUGUUAAAGCCUAUCGACGUGCGCUGGGGCAACAGACGACAUGA